AUGAACCCCAGGGGCCUGUUCCAGGACUUCAACCCCAGCAAGUUCCUCAUCUACGCCUGCCUGCUGCUCUUCUCGGUGCUGCUGCCGCUGCGGCUGGACGGCGUCCUGCCCUGGAGCUACUGGGCCGUGUUCGCGCCGCUGUGGCUGUGGAAGGCGCUGGCGCUGCUGGGCGCGGCGGUGGGCGCGGCGGUGUGGGCGCGGCAGCCGCGGCCGCUGGCCGAGGGCGAGGCGCGCGUGGACUUCCAGGCCAUGCUGAUCGCCGCGGGGCUGCACCUGCUGCUGCUGCUCUUCGAGGCGCUGCUGUGCGACCGCGUGGAGCGCGGCGCGCACUUCUGGCUGCUGGUGUUCCUGCCGCUCUUCUUCGCGUCGCCCGUGGCCGUGGCCGCCUGCGUGUGGGGCUUCCGCCACGACCGCUCGCUGGAGCUGGAGCUGGCCUGCUCCGUCAACGUCCUGCAGUUCAUCUUCCUGGCGCUGCGGCUCGACCGCAUCGUCCGGUGGCCCUGGCUGGUGGUCUUCGUGCCGCUCUGGAUCCUCAUGGCCUUCCUGUGCCUCGUGGCGCUCUACUACGUCGUGUGGUCGCUGCUCUUCCUGCGCUCGCUGGAGGUGGCGGCCGAGCAGCGCCGCGCGCACGUGGCCAUGGCGGCCAGCUGGGCGCUCGUCGUCCUGCCCCUGCUGGCCUUCGAGGUGCUGCUGGUGCAGCGGCUGGACGGCCACAACGCCUUCCCCUUCGCCGCCCUCUUCGCGCCGCUCUGGCUGGCGCUGCUGACGCUGCUGGCCACCACGUUCCGCCGCAGGGGCGGCAACCCCUGGUGGUUCGGCCUCCGCAGGGACUUCUGCCAGUGCCUGCUCGAGCUCUGCCCCUGCCUGCGCGAGUACGGCAACAUCGCCUACGACCUGCACCGCGAGGACGGCGACGACGCCGACGAGGCCGCCGCGGCCGACGCGCCCAAGGGCACGCCCCUCUUCGGCAAGAAGGCCGGCCUGGCGGUCACCCAGAGCCCCGCCAAGUUCGCGCCCCCGCCCCCCAAGCUGUGCAUCGACAUGCCGGAUUAG